UCCAUGCUGAGAAGACUUCCUGCAAACUUAACAAAUUGAAUCCUUAAUUGUGGCGUUCUAAUUGAGCCGGAACUAGAAGCCGAUCUUAUUUCAGAUGCAUCAGUUUGGUUCUAAUCGCCUUUAGCCGUCAGCAUUAGCGAACAAGCUGCCCUGCACUUACAAUGUCAAAUGCUCCCGAGGCCACCGCCGCUCCGUCGAAGUCCCUCCAGGCUUUUAAGGACUGCUGGGGCUGCAGGGCCGUCUCAGGAGGGGGUCUGAUUCUGUCUGCGGCGUAUGUGUUCAACGCAGCUAGGAGGGUGAUGAAGCAGGGAGCUCCUACCUCCAUGGGGACGGUGGCACAGCUCACAUUCGCUGCAAGUCUGGCUGCUUGGGGAGCAGUCAUCAUCACCGAUCCGGUUGGAAAGUCGCAUAGGAAGACCACGUGAAUGACGAGCUGCACAUUUUAACGGGACAAAACUCACAUGUGGUCAUGAAGGGCCUGGUCCCGAGCAACAGCAGAGAGACACUUGAAGCAGAUUGCUGACUGGAAUGUCUUCCAUCAUUGAUUUAUAUAUAUAUUUUUUGGCUAUGUAAAUAGUCACUGUACGGGAGCUUUGCAUUCGACAUACAGCUGUGAUGAUAGCUGUGUGGUCAUCUCGACAACAAAUAGAGCAAGACAAGAUACUGCCAGAACAAUGAUUGGUCUUGUCCUCUAUCGAGAGAAUGCAGUUUUGAAUCUCAGUUGGUGACACAAGAAGUAAAUGCAGAGUUUACUGUACUAAAACUGACAUAAAUACAGCAUUAGACAUAAAAUAUUCUCUAAAUAGCUGUAUUUCCAAAGGCAAUAUUGACAGGAUUCGCAAUAGAUGUUGGUAAAAAUCCAUUCAGUCCAUGCAAAGAAAUCAAACCACAGCUGUCCAUAAAUUGUCUAACGAAAUGAAAUGUAAGAGAACAAGUGCUUUUAAAUGCUUAUUAAAAUGUGUUUAAAGCUUGA